GCUCUCUAUCGCCUUGUUUAACAACAUUGCAUCACUUAAGCUAGCGGGACCGGAGGGAGUGGUGUCGUUCGCCAGCACGCGUCAACCAUUCAACAAGGCAACGAAACAAACACCUAAAGGGGAAUAAAACAAGAUUGCUGUAUUAAAAAUACGCCUAAGCGUUGGGUGACUGCUUCCUUCGACAUCCAGUGCUUCUCUGGUAUUCCUGCUAUAAAGGUGAUGUCAAUCGCCUUUUUCGCCCGCCUGGCAAGGUACAGCGGGCCCCAUGCUGGACGGAGCGGCCUUCCCCAAAUGGCCCUGGCGCCCCUCCCGCUGAAGCAGGACAUCAACUUUCACUCCACCGUCCAACAGAGGCAAAUCCACACCCCUUCAGAAAAGCGCCGCAGCGGCACGCGCUUUGACGCCGACAGCAGCGGCCGCCCCACCACCUGGGACACGUUCGGCAUUUGGGACAAUCGCAUCGACGAGCCCAUCUUGCUGCCGUCCAGCAUCCGCUACGGCAAGCCCAUUCCAAAGGUCAGCCUGUCCAAAGUAGGCUGCGCCUCGCUCAUCGGCCAGCGCAAGGAGAACGAGGACCGCUUCCAGCUCUCCCAAAUGUCCGACAGCAUCAUCUAUUUUGCCGUCUUUGAUGGCCACGGCGGGCCGGAAGCGGCGGACUUCUGUCACAAAUACAUGGAAACUUUUAUCAAGGAUUUUGUGGCGGACGAGGACAAUCUGCAGCUGGUUUUAACACGAGCCUUCCUGGAAGUAGACAAAGCUCUGGCCAAGCAUUUGCAGCACUCCUCAGACGCGCCCGGGGCCAACGCGGGGACCACCGCCACGGUGGCGCUGCUGAGGGACGGCAUCGAGCUGGUGGUGGCCAGCGUGGGCGACAGCCGCGCCAUGCUGUGCCGCAAGGGCAAGGCGCUCAAGCUCACCGUCGACCACACGCCUGAGAGGAAGGACGAAAAAGAGAGGAUCAAGAGGAGCGGCGGCUUCAUCACCUGGAACAGUUUGGGCCAGUCCAACGUCAACGGCCGGCUGGCCAUGACGCGGAGCAUCGGCGACUUUGACUUGAAGGGGAUGGGGGUCAUUGCCGAGCCGGAGACCAAGAGGAUUGUGCUGAGCCCCGCGCACGAUUCCUUCCUGGCGCUGACCACCGACGGCAUCAACUUCAUCAUGAACAGCCAGGAAAUCUGCAACGUCAUCAACCAGUGUCACGACCCUAAAGAGGCGGCACAGCGCAUCUCUGAGCAGGCUCUGCAGUACGGCUCGGAGGACAACAGCACCAUCGUGGUGGUGCCCUUCGGCGCCUGGGGCAAGCACACCAACUCAGACACGAGCUUCUCCUUCAGCCGAAGCUUCGUGUCGAGCGGGCGCUGGGCGUAGUGAUGGCGGGCUGGGGAAAGGGGGCGCGCUUUGCGGACCCUCCCAGUAAGUGCAAUAGUCGACAAUGCUUCUUUAGGAAAAAAAAAAAAAAUCUGAUGUGUGAGACAACUGCUGUGUGAGCUCCAUUCAACAAAAUGGCACUGAAAGUCUCGGAAUUGUAGAGAUUGUCACUGGACAUCGUCCUGGCUGCUCAGUAAAAUCCCAAAUUACAAUCGAAUACAUUAUUUAUUGCAUCUAUAAGUACAGUUAUAUGCAUCAAUUUGUGUUUUCGUUUAGCACGGCGAGGAGUAGUACUUAUCAAAAUGUUGCGAGAAGACAUUAUGAGAAAAAAAAAAAGCUAUAUUUUAUGGGAGAUAAAGUUGUAAGCUAGAAGAAAGCGGUUGGGAUUUGCCAGAAAAUGUCAUAUCACAAAAAAGUGUUUUUUAUGAGAGAAAGUAACAUUUUUGAGGAACCUUUUCCAUUUUAUGACCAAAAGUCCUUUUAUCACAAAUACUGAGGAAAAAAUAUCAACAUUUGUAAUUUUGUCAGGAAUAAAUUGUAAUAAUAAUAGAAAAAAGUUAGACCAAAGUCAGCUACACAUAGUCAAGUAAAUUAAGGGUGAGUGUAUUUUUUUUUAAACUUGUAUAAAUUGUCCAGACUGCUUCAAAAUAAUUGUUUUCAGGAUAACUUGACCCUGCAAUGGAUUGUUCUAAGUGGGAGGUGUUGCGUUGCGGGCCACGUGAUGGGGUCGGAUCUUACAGGUUCUUCUGUUGCUCUUGGCAACAUUUACUUUUGCAUUUGCAGAAAGAACAACUUGGAUAAGUUUCAUUUUGAAAUGAGUCAACGUAGUCCGUUUUUCAGACUGUUAAUACAAGACGAUGUGUCGUUAAAUACACACUUAGCAGCUCUGCUGUGCAUAACUGUUGAAACUUGUGGAACUUAAGCAAGGGUGGGCAACCUUCUUUUUUUUUUUCUCUCUCCCUCAGGCGUUGUGUACAUUUUUAACUAAUCGGCUCAGUGUAUGGAUUUUUGGCCGCUCAAGCUCGCAUUCACUUUAAAUAAUACCAAUCUGAAUGCUGCAAAAAGAAUGCUGAUUUCUUAUUCGGUCAUGGAUUAGAAUAUUUUAGUAGAGCACGGCCGGCUAGCUACCUAGCUUCCAAGCGUACAAACGAAUCUGUUGGCUCGUACGUUGAAUAACUUGGAUAUGGCCGUGAGCACUGUACGUGUCCGAGAUUGUCCCCCCCCCCCCUUGCACUUCUUAUCAUUACCAAAAAUAACUUGUAAAGAAACCAUUUGCACAGUCUAGCGGGUCGGAGAUGUGAAUGAACAGCAUCUUUUUUUGCCAGAAUGUUCUUGGGGUCCCCCCCCCCCCCUACGAGUGAAGCUGACAUUUAUGAACAGUUAUUGUCUGUAAUCACAAUCAAAUUUUACACCGAGAUGAAUGAGGGUGGCACUGAGAUGAAUCCAGACAGGUUAUGUUGUGUAAAUAGCAGCUAUUUAUGCAAAACCAUUUAAAUGUGUGCAUAACUAACCUCCGGUUGUACGUAAUUUAUCAGCGUCUGUCAAUCCAUGUUUGUAAAUAUUUGCUCACCACGGACGCAAGCAUCUGUGAAUCGUUUCUCUUCGUUGCCUUUUUAUGUAAUCGUUGUUACAUGUGGAAUGUAUACUUGGGAUGUACUGUACAGAGUGGACGUGUUUUGUGUUACACACCAAUGAGUUGUAACUUCAUUAAAUCUGUGCUUCUGGA